AUGCAGCUUUCUCUGGAGGCAGCGAUCCAACUCACGGUUCUUUCAGCGCAAACAGUGAAACCUUACCUUCAAUUUAAGAUUGAAUUCGAAGAUUUUGGCGAAGGCGAGAUGGAUGACGAAACUGAACAGUUGGUACUUUCUAAGAAGCUUCUACGGCUUCUUCCAAAGUAUUUGUCGGUUAAUAUUCAAGUAAACACAGGAGUCGCCCAGCGACUUAAGGAGUGUUACAUGAACAACAAGGGUUUAAACAGGGAAGAGGCGGAACUGCGAUAUCUGAAGAUUGCUCAGUCUUAUCGGCUGUUUGGUGUGGAUUAUUUCGUGGUGACGUGUGUACGAAUGAAGGAUCCUCGUACUCUCAGCCUCACUCGCUACUUCAGUAGAGCUGAAUUCUCUCAUUGGCGGACAUUGGAUCGCAACCAGGAAUUGUCUUGGGUUGGAAUCACCGCAGCCGGAAUUCAGCUUUUCUCCAAGGCUCAUGUUGAUCGGGCUCGGUAUACGUUCCCUUGGAAUAUCAUUAAAAAUGUCUCCUAUCGAGAUCGCAAGUUCACUGUGAAGUUGAACAUGGCGUGGCGUCCUACGAAGAAGUCUGCUGGUCUUACGUUUUCUGGUUGCCGUCCCAGCAGCGCACAGACGCAACAUCAAUCAGGUCACUCGCCGAGUGGGGUAACUGGAGCAUUAACGCUCAGUGAGCCGCACACACCAUCGGCAGUGCGCGGCUCUCCCAGUCUUCCAGGUACCCCAGUGUCAAGCAAGCGAGGGCCCAUGCGGCCCCCUCUGCCACCGCCGCCUCAGUCGCCAGUCGCCUUUGCUCCUUCCUCUACUAACAGUGUCUCGAGUAAAUAUCUCUCUACGACUGCUCACCUGUCACGUGGCCAAUUGGUGAGGUCACGUAGCAAGGAGCGUCCGCUGCCUUCGCCUUCAGAUCCUCAGGAGUCCACUGCUAUCUAUGGAGGAGGCAGCGGCAGCAGCAUUCAUCCACAUCGCUCGGCGGUGAGUGCGAGUCCCGCCAGUGACUUCGCUGGUGGUGGCGGUGGAGUCUUCAGCGGUUCAGGUGUUUCCUCUGCUGGUUCCGUCGCCAGUGGACCGCCUCCAGUGUCCCGCCAUGGUGCUACCGUCAUUGAGAUGUGGCUUGCUGAGCCUUACCAGGCAAAGAACAUUAUCCAUUUAUGCGCAGGAAACCACUCGCUAUUCAUGCGACGCAGACAGCCAGAUUCCGUUGACGUGCAACAGAUGAAGGCUCAUGAAAGAGAGGAACGACUUCGAAGGGAGACCGAAAGGGCUCGUCUAUUGCGGGAACGCUCUGAAAAGACUGCUGCGCUUAAGCUAAAUGCCGCCCUCGAGUCGCGCUGUGCCGAGCUUGAGUCUGCCCUGCGCUCAUCCACUGCCAUUGCAGCUGCGGCGGUGUCUGCCGGAUCGGCUGCUCCGUCAUCACCUGUGGAAGCACUCAUCUCCAAUUGUAGGCCGUCGAAACGAAUUACUAUGUCCAAAGACGGAGACGAAGGAGAAGUGGGAAAUGGGGAAGAAGAGAGAGAACUGGAUGAGGAAGGAGAUAAGGUUAAUAUUGAUGAGGAAGAAGGAGAAUUACAGGGCCAAAAUGAAGUUCAGUCUUCCUCAAGGGAGCCUCGGGAUCGUCUUCCCAGCCCAACAGUUUAUGCUCAUUUGCAACAUCAGCGUCUGCAACGACAUGGGGGAGUGAAAGGCAGACGAAUCAAAGAUGAGCAUAACAAAGGCAUCGAUUCAUCCUCUAUCUCUGUGCGCCUUGCUCAGGCCUCACCACAUGCAGUCCCCACUGGCAUUUACGAGGGCUUUGUAAUGGCUCAAUCUACAACUGUGACCUCGAUUCCCACACAGUCAGAACCGGCCAUCCCACAGACGGUCGCAUGGUCUCCUACUGUAAUCCAUCAAGCGCGUGAAGGUCUCACCUCUCUGACCUACUCUCAACCGCCUUUCCUACCCCCACGUCCCGCCUUGGUGACCCAGAGCCUGGAGCAUUUGCCAAACCACCAAAUGGCCUUAAAUCUAAGUCAGAGGUCAAGGGUUCCUGUGCCGCUAGUGUCUUAUCCUAUCACAUCCACUCUCUCCCUUCAUUCUGGCUAUGGAGCAGUGAAUCCACUUCAAAAGACUGGUCCGAUUGUUGUGCCCUCCCUCGCAUCUAAUUAUUAUAUGCAACAGAGGCUCACCCAUCAAGGACAGUCUCCCUAUCCCUGGCCAGGCACGCACAUUUCAGCGCUGGGUAGCGCCCACAGCGGUCGUCUUUUCAAUGGAUUUAGCUAUCCUGGUCAUCUUAAUUUGACGGGUGACGAGUCGUCCAGGCAAGACAUUGCCAUUCCUGCAGUUGCAAAAACCAGUCCGUCACUAGGAGCGACUCAGGCGAUCUGUCGGAUCUUCGAUCCCAAUAGUGGACGAACUAUCGGCAUUCCUCCCUCCGAAUCGGUGCCUUCAGUGGGUCAACCGACGAACAGUCGACCUCCCGUCUCUCAUCAACAAUCCUCCAUGUGGAGUAGUGGCUUUCCUCUUAGUGCCUGUUCAAACCCCUAUGCCAAUUAUCCUUAUGUACCCUCGAAUUCUGGCACUCCGAUGUGCUACUGUCCGCCAUGUGGCUACCGCGGCUUCAAUUCAGUAGCUUACUACGAUGCAAACUCUGCACAGCCGUGCUUUAGUCAGAGUGUUCCAUGUGCCCCUGUCUCUAUGCCGAUUCUAAACGCAGGAGACGAGUUCUACAUGACAGGAGGUGGUGAGACAGAGGAGCUCCCGUGUCUCUCCGGAUACUAUCAACCUCCGUGGUAUCCUUACUAUGAUCCCUACUGGCAAUGGCUUCGAGCCGCGACUGGGGUUGCCGCUUCCGGUACGAUUUCCUCUACGGGUGUGGGACCUAGAGCUGUGGGCUGGUUUCCUAAUUCAGUUCCUCCACCACCUCCGCCACCACUGCCGUUGUCAACGUUGACGAACGCACCACUUAGUGCGAUGCUCUCGCCUUACGCAGGACCUACGCGGCGCCGUAUACAACAGCAGAAGCUGGCUGCCACCAGACAGCUGCAGCGACAGCAACAGCAUCUGGAUGGCCAUGAGGGUUCGGGACUUACAUCAAAGCGACAAGUAAUUCGAGGCGUUUCACUUCAGGACUUGCCCAGCAGAACCAGAUCGGAUAGUGAGGGUGGUUUUCUUCUGAAACCAGGUUUUGGAAUCGAUCAUACGCGGGAGUACUCGGCAUCGCGGCCUUCGCUGGUCCAAAUGGUCGCUGCCACCUCCUCUGUCCCAUUCCAGUCCUCGGACAACCACGGUGGAGGGGGCAGCGGCAGCUAUGGCGGUGACGGUGAUGCGAGACUGGAAGACCAGCAGCCACCUGGCAUUUUUACUUCCCCACCGCCACCUAAUCUCCUCACGAAUCCCGCCUCCUCUUCAGAAGAACAGAUCCGACUUACCUAUCAGCAGCAGAUGCAACUGCAUCGGCGUAUGUGGGAGGAAUGGAUGUGGAGGGCAAGCACGGCUUACCCUUCACAGAGGGUGCAAGGUGAGGUCACGGAGCUACCUGGACGUCAGCAUCUCUCCGUCCACCCCUCUCCGGCCAGUGCAACCGGUGCUAGUGUCGGUGGUGGAGCUCUCCUUCGGCGUAUGCCACCUCCACCACCUCCAAGCUACUCGCAGUACUUGGCCGCAGGCACGUCACCACAAUCGGGACAACAGCAUCUCAUCCCGAUAGGCGCUGUGACGGAUAUCCGUGACCCCAGUGGACCCGACGGCUCUAGCUCAGUAGGCUACAUGGGUCUCGAUUUUCAUGGAGUGACUGGGGGCGCUCCACUCUCCACUGGUGCCUUGACAGAGGCACCACCGCCGCCAACAUUGGAAGAGCCCUUCCACCAUCAAGAACAUCUUCCCAGCUCAUUUGGAUCUGUUGAUCGAUUGAGUACAAUGGUUCGUUUAAGUCGGUCUUCAGUGCCAGGUCAUACAACAAACAGCCAUCUCUAUGCUAAUAUGACUCUUGUGGAUGGCAAACUUGUGCCACUGAUGGGCCGUCCUGCCCCCGUACUUUCUGAGCAACCAUUGUGCGCGCCGGUUCCCUUCGGUGAGACGCGUACAGUGGGUGCUACGGCAACUGUCGCAUCACGAGGCAUCUCAUGCGCCACCUCUACUACUGCUGUCUCAGUUGUUCCUACAUCCUCACGUCGAUCUCGUCCUCUAACUAGAUAUCACUCUUCGCAGACUGUCUGGCUUACGGGUGCCAUCUGCGAUGUGGAGGCUCCCUGCCAGCCCUCUGAAAGCGACUCGCCACAGUUUCCUCAAUCUAAAGUGGAACUUCCCAAGGGUGCCGGUUUUUGGGAUCCUCAGUGA